UAAACAUGGCGGCGUGCACAGCCAGAUGCCUGUGCUAUGUGCCUCCUUACUGAAGCCGUGAUCAUCGACACACAUGAUGGAGACCGAGGAGGAGCAGCACAUGACCACGCUGUUAUGCAUGGGCUUCCCUGACCCGGUGGCCAUCCGGAAAGCCCUGCGCCUGGCCAAAAACGACAUCAACGAAGCUGUCGCGCUGCUCACCAACGAAAGCCCGGGACUCGGAUAUGGCUACGAGCCGAUGGAAAGCGGCCCUUCCCCGGGCUCCGGCCACAGCGGCGACGGCGAUAACAGCGGGCGCACCGGGACCGGGGGCUUUGAUCCUCCGCCUGCGUAUCAUGAUGUCGUGGAAAGUGAGAGGAGUAAUGAUGAGAAUGGGAACUGUUCUGGGAACAGUAUGGAGUUUCCCACCACUAAUCUUUAUGAGCUGGAGAGCAGAGUGUUCACUGAUCACUGGUCCAUCCCGUACAAGAGAGAGGAAUCACUUGGCAAGUGCCUCGUCGCGUCCACCUGCCUGGCCCGACUGGGCUUGGCUGAUGCAGAUGAGAACUGCAAGAGAUUCAUGGACAGGUGCAUGCCUGAGGCCUUAAAAAAGUUGCUGACAUCGAGUGCAGUGCACAAGUGGGGAACAGAGAUUCAUGAAGGCAUCUACAACAUGCUGAUGCUGCUGGUGGAUUUAGUAGCUGAGAGAGUCAAACAGGACCCCAUACCCAUCGGACUCUUGGGAGUUCUUACUAUGGCUUUUAACCCUGACAAUGAGUAUCACUUUAAAAACCGGAUGAAGGCCGGUCAGAGGAACUGGGCGGAAGUGUUUGGAGAGGACAGUAUGUUUGCUGUAUCUCCCAGCACCAGCUACCAGAAGGAGCCUCAUGGCUGGCUGGUGGAUCUUGUGAAUCGGUUUGGAGAAAUGGGAGGCUUUACAGCAAUUCAAUGCAAGCUUAACCAGGACGAGAUAGAGAUAGGGUGUGUAUCUGCUCUGGUUCAGCCGCUCGGUGUGUGCGCAGAAUACCUCAACUCCGGCCUUGUGCAGCCCAUGCUGGACCCGGUCAUACAUAAGAUGAUCACAUAUGUGCAGAACCUGGAGGAAAAAGACCUGAAAGACAAGCGUUUGGUGAGUAUUCCAGAGCUCUUGUCAGCCAUUAAGCUCCUGUGCAUGCGAUUCCAGCGGGAGCUGGUUAACGUUGUGGAUGACCUUCGGCUGGACAUCCUCCUCCGAAUGCUCAAAACCCCCCACUUCAGUGCCAAGAUGAACUCCCUUAAAGAGGUCACUAAACUCAUUGAGGAAAGUACAGUUUCCAAGACUGUGAAGAACGCCAUUGACACAGACAGACUCCUGGACUGGCUGGUAGAAAACUCAGUCCUCUCAAUAGCUUUGGAAGGAAACAUUGACCAGGCUCAGUACUGUGACCGAAUUAAGGGAAUCAUUGAACUGUUGGGCAGUAAGCUCUCAUUGGAUGAACUCUCCAAAAUAUGGAAAAUACAGGCUGGUCAGUCGUCCACUGUGAUUGAAAACAUCCACACAAUCAUCGCAGCCGCUGCCGUCAAGUUCAACUUCGACCAGCUCAGCCACCUCUUUGUCCUCAUACAGAGAAGCUGGGAGGUGGAGAAUGAUCGCGUGAGACAGAAGCUUCUCAGUCUGAUUGGACGGAUCGGCAGGGAGGCUCGCUCCGAGGCGACCACCGGAAAGGUGUUGGAGGUUUUGUGGGAGUUGGCCCAUCUCCCCACGCUGCCCACCACUCUAGUGCAACAGGCUCUGGAGGAGCAUCUCACCAUCCUUAGCGAUGCAUAUGCAGUCAAAGAAACCAUUAAGAAGAACUACAUCAUUAAAUGCAUUGAGGACAUCAAGAAGAUACAAAUACAGAAGGAUUCAAAGUCUCCCAGAGAGACACAGGUCUCUUUUCUUACUGGCUCCUGGGGCAAGAAGAAACCAAGCUUAUUAGCACGUUCUAAAUCAUCUCAGCAGAGUAAUCCUCAAACGGUGUGGGUGGUUCCAGCCUUAAGACAACUUCACGAGAUCACACGGUCCUUUAUCAAACAGACCUACCAGAAACAGGACAAGAGUAUAAUCCAGGACCUGAAGAAGAACUUUGAGAUAGUGAAACUGAUCACAGGGUCUCUGGUGUCAUGUCAUCGCUUGGCUGUGUCUGCCUCUGGAUCAAACGGUCUGUCUGGAUCCACACUGGUAGAUGGACGAUACUCCUAUCAGGAGUAUUUGGAGGCUCACUUGAAGUUCCUUGCAUUCUUCCUGCAAGAGGCCAGUCUGUACCUGGUCUGGAAUAGAGCCAAAGAGAUCUGGGAAUGCCUGGUGUCCGGCAUGGAUGUGUGCGAGCUGGAUCGAGAGAUGUGUUUUGAAUGGUUUACUAAAGGACAACAUGAUCUAGAGAGUGACGUUCAACAGCAAAUCUUCAAAGAAAAGAUCCUAAAGCUGGAGCCUUAUGAGAUCACUAUGAAUGGUUUUAACCUUUUCAAGACAUUCUUUGAGAAUGUGAACCUCAGUGACCACCGUCUCAAACGGCAGGGAACACAACUGUGUGUGGAGCGAUUGGAUGUGACUGGGAUGGACUUCAUCUGGAGAAUUGCAAUGGAGUCUCCAGACGAGGACAUCGCUAACGAAGCCAUACAGCUCAUCAUUACCUACAGCUACAUUAACCUCAACCCCAAAAUGAAGAAGGACUCUGUGUCUUUACAUAAGAAGUUUAUUGCUGAUUGCUAUAAGAGAUUGGAGGCUGCUAGCUCUGCACUGGGUGGCCCGACCCUCACACAUGCUGUUACCCGGGCUACCAAGAUGCUGACAGCCACUGCUAUGCCAACAGUUGCUACAUCAGUGCAAUCUCCAUCCAGGUCCAGUAAACUGGUGAUCAUUGAGAGACUGCUGUUAUUGGCUGAGCGAUAUGUCAUCACAAUUGAGGACCUGUAUUCUGUUCCUCGGACUAUUCUACCUCAUGGAGCGUCUUUCCAUGGCCAUCCUGUUACACUGCACAUCACUUACGAAUCUACCAAAGACACAUUCACCUUGGAGGCCCACAGCAACGAGACCAUAGGCAGCAUCAGAUGGAAGAUAGCAGAGCAGCUCAGCUGUCCAGUGGACAAUGUGCAGAUAUUUGCCAAUGACAGCAUGCUGACGAUGAAUCGGGACCAGAAGCUGUUAAAUCAGCUGGGUUUUUCUGAUGAGCAGAGUCUGACAGUGAAGAGCUCAGGAACAGGCACUCCAUCAGGCAGUUCAGCGGACAGCUCUGCCUCAGCCAGCUCCAGCAGCAGCGGGGUCUUCAACUCCGCAUAUGCUCUUGAGCAGGAGAAAUCUCUUCCUGGUGUGGUGAUGGCGCUGGUGUGUAAUGUUUUUGAGAUGCUUUAUCAGCUGGCCAACUUGGAGGAACCCAGAAUAACUUUACGUGUAAGAAAGUUGUUGCUGCUCAUCCCGACUGACCCGGAGGUGCAGGAUGCCCUCGAUAACUUUGUGCCAAAAGAGUCCAGCGUCUGGAGUCACCAGAAAACUUUGUUUACUCUAGGGUCUGGUUCUCAGGCCUCUAAGUCUCCGUCGCUGUCCAGUAAACAGCAGCAUCAGCAGAGUGCAGCUUCCAUCCUGGAGUCUCUGUUUCGCUCAUCUGCCCCGGGCAUGUCUACAUUCAGAGUGCUUUAUAACCUAGAGGUUUUAAGCUCUAAGCUGAUGCCCACAUCUGAUGAUGAAAUGGCAAAGACCAGCGUCAAAUCUUUCUGUGAGAACUUCCUCAAAGCUGGAGGUCUCAGUCUGGUGGUUAACGUCAUGCAGAGAGACUCCAUCCCAUCUGAAGUGGACUAUGAGACCAGACAGGGAGUCUAUUCCAUCUGCCUGCAGCUGGCCAGGUUCCUGCUAGUAGGGCAGGCCAUGCCCAGUAUCUUGGAUGAAGAGUUGAGCAAGGAUGGUCUGGACACUUUGUCCUCUAGGCCGUUCCGUAAUGCGGGGCGGCAGAGCGGUCGACAGCUCUCUGUCUGCGGAACGCCAGAGAAGUCCUCCUACAGGCAGGUGUCCAUGUCUGACAGAACGUCCAUCAGAGUGGAGGAAAUCAUACCAGCAGCUCGUGUCGCCAUACAGACAAUGGAGGUGGGAGACUUUACAUCCACAGUGGCAUGUUUCAUGCGGCUCACAUGGGCGGCGGCUGCAGGUCGAUUAGACCUAGUUGGCAGCAGCCAGCCAAUCAGAGAGACGACCAACUCACUCCUACCGCUUGGUGUACGCAGCAGGGUCAGCAGCACAGGAAGUAACUGCAGCUCUGGGAGUGAGGGAGAGAUCACCACAUUACAGGCAGGAAUCUGCGUUAAACAGCUGUUUGUGUCGAUCAAAGACACCAUCAUUGCACGAGAGGCGCUCUCUUUACUUGUCACAUGCCUUCAGUUACGCUGCCAACAACUCUGUUCAUUUUACACUCUGCCUUCUGUGAAUGAUUUCAUCAUUGAUAUCCUGCUGGGGUCAUCCAGUGGAGAGAUCCGACGUGUCGCUUGUGAUCAGCUGUACACUCUUAGUCAGUCGGACACGUCGGCGUACCCUGAUCUCCAGAAGCCCAACCUCUUCCUGCUAAAGGUGGUUCUGACAGCUCAGCUUCCUCUCUGGUCCCCAACCAGCAUCAUGAGGGGUGUAAACCAAAGGUUGCUUUCGCAGUGCACAGAUUAUUUUGACCUGAGGUGCCAACUCUUGGAUGACUUGACCAUGGCUGAGAUGGAGCAGCUUCAGAUCAGCCCGGCAGCCAUGCUGGAGGAUGAGAUCAGCUGGCUUGAUAAUUUUGAGCCGACCUGGACCAGCGAGCUGGAAACAAGCGAAGCUGACAACAUCCUGCUAGCCGGACACCUGCGCCUCAUCAAAACCCUGCUGUCCCUCUGCGGCAGCGAGAAAGAGCAGUUUGGACCAUCUCUGAUCCUGCAGCUGUUGGACGACUUCCUCUUCAGAGCGUCUCGAAUCAUCCUGAACAGUGACAGCUCGUCUAGCACUACCGCAUCUAUCCACGACUUCCACCCAAAGUGCAGUACAGUAAGCAGUCGUCUGGCAGCCUAUGAGGUUCUGGUCAUGUUGGCUGACAGCUCUCUCACUAACUUGCAGCUCAUCACUAGUGAACUCUUGUCAAUGCACCAUCAGUCAGACCCCUCCCUGACCAAAGAGUUUGAUUACCUUCCUCCUGUAGACAGUCGUUCUGUGUCUGGCUUUGUGGGGCUGAAGAACGGUGGUGCAACCUGCUACAUGAAUGCAGUGUUCCAGCAGCUCUAUAUGCAGCCUGGUCUGCCUGAGGCUGUGUUGUCAAUUGAAGAUGAUGCAGAAAACCCAGAGGAGAGUGUGUUCUGUCAGGUUCAGUCUCUGUUUGGUCACCUGAUGGAGAGUAAACUGCAGUACUAUGUACCUGAGAACUUCUGGAAGAUCUUUAAGAUGUGGAAUAAAGAAUUAUACGUGCGAGAACAGCAGGACGCCUAUGAGUUUUUCACCAGUCUAGUGGACCAGCUCGAUGAACAUCUUAAGAAAAUCGGUCGAGAGCAGAUCUUCAAGAACACAUUCCAGGGAAUUUUCUCUGAUCAGAAGAUAUGCAAAGACUGCCCACACAGGUAUGAGCGUGAGGAGACGUUCAUGGCUUUGAACUUGGGUGUGACGUCGUGUCAGAGUCUGGAGAUUUCUCUGGACCAGUUUGUUAGAGGAGAAGUGCUGGAUGGCAGCAAUGCUUACUACUGUGAAAAGUGCAAAGAGAAGCGGACCACUGUGAAGCGGACCUGUAUAAAGUCUCUGCCCAGUGUGCUGGUCAUCCACCUCAUGCGCUUUGGCUUCGACUGGGAAAGUGGCCGGUCCAUCAAAUAUGACGAGCAGAUCAGAUUCCCAUGGAUGCUGAACAUGGAGCCGUACACGGUGUCAGGAAUGGCCCGUCAGGACUCGAGCGCGGAUCACGGGGAGAAUGGGAGAGGGGGCGAGGCUGGCUCUGGUGGAUCGCCUCGGAAGAAAGUUACCAUCUCUGAGAACUAUGAACUGGUGGGAGUGGUGGUGCACAGUGGACAGGCCCAUGCGGGACACUAUUACUCUUUCAUCAAAGACCGCCGGGGUAGUGCUCGAGGACGCUGGUAUAAGUUUAAUGACAAUGUUGUAGAGGAGUUUGACAUGAACGAUGAGACACUGGAGUAUGAGUGUUUUGGAGGAGAGUACAGACCGAAAGUGUACGACCAGUCUAAUCCAUACCCGGACAUGCGGCGGCGCUACUGGAAUGCUUACAUGCUGUUUUACCAACGGAUCAGUGACCAGAACUCCCCGGUGCUGCCUAAAAAGAGUCGGGUCAGCAUCAUGAGGCAGGAGGCAGAGGAUCUUUCACUGUCAGCCCCCUCCUCUCCAGAGAUCUCACCCCAAUCCUCCCCAAGGCCACCCAGAGCCAACAAUGACCGCCUCACCCUGCUCACACGGCUGGUCAAGAAAGGAGAGAAGAAGGGGCUUUUUGUGGAGAAGAUGCCAGCAAGGAUCUAUCAGAUGGUGAGAGAUGAGAAUCUGAAGUUCAUGAAGAACAGAGACGUAUAUAACAGCGAUUACUUCAGCUUCACUCUGUCUCUGGCCUCUGUCAAUGCGACAAAGUUGAAGCAUCCAUCAUAUCAGGCCAUGGCGCAAACCAGUUUGCAGCUAGCAGUCCAGUUUCUCUUCCACACGUACCUGCGUACUAAGAAGAAACUCCGGGUGGACACAGAGGAGUGGAUUGCUACAGUGGAGGUUUUGUUGUCCAAGAGUAGCGAAGCGUGCCAGUGGAUGGUGCAGUACCUGGUGGCACCUGAAGGAAGAGAGAUCAUCAAGAUCUGUCUUUUAGAAUGUAGUGUGCGGGAGGUACGUGUCGUGGUGGCCACCAUCCUGGAGAAGACACUGGAGACCGCUCUGUACUUCCAGGCUGCAGGGCUGGACUGUCUUUUGGACAUGCUGCUGUCCCUAUUGGAUAAAGACGUACCGGACAACUGCAAGAACUGCUCUCAGUAUUUCAGCCUCUUCAGUAACUUAGUAGCUCAGAGGGGCUAUGGGCCGUGUCAACUGCUGCUCAAACAUUCAGCCUAUCGCCGCAUGCUUGUCUUCCUGCUGGGACCCAACCGGCAAAACAACCAGCACCGGCGCUGGAGUUCAGCACAGGCUCGGGAGUUCCUGCAUCUCCACAACACACUGGCCCUGAUAGUGCUGCACACAGACCUCACUUCUCAGAUGACAGAGGCUCCAGGAGUGUUCAAGCAGAGUUCCUCUGGUUUGGCGCCUCCAUCUUCUCCACUUUUGCCUCUACAUCCAGACAUCAACACACUGCUCUUCAAACCUGAUGGCCAGGCAUAUCUCAUGGAGGUGAUGUUUGCCAUGCGUGAGCUGUCUGGCCCGUUGUUGUUUCUCAUCGAGAUGAUCACAUACUGCUCAUUCUGUAACGAGCCUUUCUCACUGGGUGUUCUGCAUUUACUCAAGAAUCACCUGGAGACAGCUCCACCUCAUGAACUGAAGAAUGUCUUUCAGUUGCUCCUAGAGAUCCUGAUGGUAGAGGACCCUCUGCAAUCCCAGAGACUCAAAUAUGCAUUUGAAUCUGAUAAAGGCCUUUUGGCUUUGAUGCAUCAGAGCAACAAUGUAGACAGCAGUCGCUGCUACCAGUGUGUUAAGUUCCUGGUCACACUGGCUCAGAAGUGUUCUCCAGCUAAAGAUUAUUUCAAAGAGCUCUCAGGACAUUGGAGCUGGGCAGUACAGUGGCUGCAGAAAAAGAUGUCUGAGCACUACUGGACGCCUCAGAGUAACGUUUCAAACGAGACGUCCACAGCUAAAACCUUCCAACGUACCAUCUCAGCACAGGACACUCUUGCCUAUGCCACGGCUUUACUUAAUGAGAAGGAACAAUCCGGCAGCAGUAAUGGCUCAGACGGCAGCCCAGCCAAUGAGAACUCGGACAGAAGCCUCAGACAGGGAUCAGAAUCACCAAUGAUGCUGGGAGAUUCCCGGAGUGACUUAGAAGAUGUGGACCCCUAACUCGCCUCGUUGUUUUUACACAAAAAACAAAACAUAAAAGGUUUCCCUCCAACAGAAAGAUGUUGUGGAUCUAAACAGACAAUCAGAAAACUGUAUUUGAUGAUCUUGGGACUGUAAAUGGAGUGCCUGCAGCAACUAACAGUCACCGAUCUUCAGGUCUCCUCGUCGGAGAUGUAAACAUCUAGUUUUUUUUUUGCUGGUGGUCAUUGGUUAAAUCCUGGCUGUAUGAAAACAGUUCAGGUGUUGCAAGUUAUUCAGAUAUUACGUCUGACUAGAUGAGUUCUGUCAGGCAAAAGGAACAAUAUACAAAUGGAGGGUUUUGAUUCCUUGAAUUUUUUACAUAAAACUACAAGAUACAACAGUGCCAGAAGGGGUGUUUUAAACUAAAUCAGUCAGCGUAUAUUUGCCAAUGUAAUUACGUAGAUACUGUUCAUGAGAAAUGUAAAGAUGUGUUCCAUAAAUGUAAUUUCAAAUGUAAAAUAAUAUUUUUUAAAAAUCCUUUACUGAUUUCCUUUUUUCCUUUUUUUCCUUUUCUUUUUUUUUUUUUUUUUUUUUUUUUGAACAGUUUGAGGGGUGCCUCAAAUCUAUUCAAAGAGGAACUUGCCAAGUUUUUGAGAGUCAAAUAAUCACACCCUUUUUCCCCCUUUCUUUCUUGCUGGUAUUUUUUUAAUGCACUUUAUAUUUGAAUUCAGUUUGUGACAAUGUCCUGAUGUGGAGACAAUUGGACAGUCGUGACUUUUGCUGCUCUCUGUCCAUCUUUCACCUUGAUUUCUUCAAUGCUGAAGAUCAAACAUCAUGUAGGGAGACUAGGCUCAACACAAAUGUAUACACGAGUGGUAGGCAAGAAAUGUCAUUGGGUGGCAGAUAUAUUGCAUCAAUAAAGAUGCAUCCUAAGACAUGUUAUGCAAGCACUGUCUAGAUCAAUACACAAACAUGGUGAAAUCAGAGAAGUAUGGCACUGUAAAACACCUUUUCUUCUUUAAGGAAAGACGAUGCGUGCUACAAUCAGCAAUUGCUUGUAUUAUUAAGAAGCUGUCUAUCACUCUUUCUGUCUGUUCUGAUAUUGUCAUGUGCCGAUUUCAUAUGAUUUCCACUGGCCAACACAGAUGUCUGCGUUGUCGGCCUGCAUUUAGAGGGGUGUAGUUUAAAAGCAAGGGACACUGUACCGGCCAUGGAUACACUUUUCAGGGGUUAAUUUUGCCAAAUGUAGCUUUUUUGAUUUGUGUGCUUGCAUCUUUCUGUUUGGUCUGACUUACAACUUGUGCACAAUUCAAAUUGGAAGACAGCUUUGCUGGGGGAAAAAAAGGAGUUUAAACCAGCCUAAGCUGGAUUACUGGUCUGUUGACUGGUCUGGGAUACUGGUCAGGCUUGGAUACCAGUUGGCCAACCUGCUUAUCCAGCUCUAGACCAGCUUGGUCAGGAUGGGAGACCAGCUGAAAACCAGCUUUGCCAAACUUAAAGACCAGCUUAUACCAACUAAGACAAGCAACCAGCUUAGGCUGGUGUAAGGUGCGUUUUUUCAGCAGGGACGAUGAGGAUUGGGUAGAAAAGGGGGUGAAGGGUGAGAGGAGAGAGUGAGUUAAAAGAGAUUGUAGAUUGAUGGGUCGUUCUCACAAAAGCAGUAUUGUGCCUUUACUCGACUCCUCCCCUCUACUGCUUGUGUCCUCACCUUCAGUCAAACCGUUGGACAAUGUGCUACAGAAAUGCCUGAACUCACUCAUUGUGAAAGCAACGCACAGGCAUACUCGCACGUUGGAAUGCAGUGGUGGCUCGACUGCACUCAAACUCAUCUAGCGUCUCAAGGUCCCUGUUUAAGCCAUGCAUGUAAUUUUUCUUUCACUGAGUUGGCAGGGUGAUUCCGCUAAUGUGUGCUGCUUAUUUUGUUUUUAGAAUAGACUAGAACACUUAGUGACAUUACUUCAAUGUUUACAGCGAAAGGACCUCAAAACCACCUCACACAAAAAUGUGCUGAUUUGCAGAACCAUUUGUGCUGCUUUUUAUCUCACAUUCAUCUGGUUACUUGCUCUUCACUUUCAUGAAACAUUUCAUGUUGCUGCUUUUCUUGUUGUGCUUCCUUGCAUGUCUGUCCGUGUAUGUGUGAGAGACUCCUGUUGGGGGGAAAAAACACAGCUUAAACCAGUCUAAGAUAGUUUGGUGUUUUUUUUUUUCUGGUCUCCAGGCUGGUCUUAUAGGGGUUUUGGGCACUUGUCAGCUGGUUAGGCUUGUAAACCAGCUAGACCAGCUGAAGACUACAUUUGCCAGCUGGGAAACCUGCUGAAAACAAUCUUGGCAAGGUUGGGAAAUUAGCUGAAAACUUAAUUGACCUGGCUUGGAGACAAUCUAGACCAGCUGAAGACCAUCUUGUUCGAUUGGAAGACAAGCUGAAGACCAUCUUGGCUAGGCUGGGAGACCAGCUGAAAACCAUCUUGGCCAAGGUAAAAGACAAGCUGACGACCACCUUGGCCAGGCUAGAAGACAAGCUGAAGACCAGCGUGUCCAGGCUAGAAGACAAGCUAAAGACCAUCUUGGA